AGUUUAAGAUUAUUUGAUCGUUGUUGAACUUUAUACCCCUCCACCUCGCCUAAAGCACUCCGCCCUGGACAAAGUUAGUUGCAUGACGGUGUAACACAUUGCGUGGCAGUCGGGGCAGGAUGCUCGACGGCGCAAUCAGAAAAGACUAGCCUGGUCAGAGCGAGGCCUCUACUGAUAGACGUAUCUUUAGAGCAAUAGGUCCGGACCGUGGGUAGGAGUGCAUAAAUAAUACCAAUAGUACAGGGUGCUGAUUGGGUAUUAAAUAGGGAUAAAAAGGGAGGUGUGACUUGGUUGUUGGGGCCAAAUUUCUCUGAGUCGCCAAGAUCGAGUGAGAGAGCAAAAUGGGAUCCCAGGUAACUAAAGACCUACAGUUUAAUCCUAAAGUUCACACUGCGGCUCUCUUUAGUCAGAUGGGCCAGGAUUAUGGCACUGAUAGCAUUAUGUAUGUCCCGUUGUGGAUAAAGUAUUUCGGAUUCCCUACCACUGGGAGCCUCAGUGUGAAGUAUUUAAGCAGGUUCAAGAAAAGACUUGAGCAGCCACCAGUUGGCUGCCCAAAGGCAAUAACUAAGCAUUGUCAGAAAAAUAAAGAGAAAAUGUUACAAGCAGUAGAGUUCUGGAUGGAUGAAGCACAAAAGAGAGAGAGUGAGAGAGAGAGGGGGGGAAGGGGAACUAACCCUGUGUCUCAGUGUGUCUCAGUCACGCUUGAUCCUGACCUCGAUGCCGCCCCACCGAGAUGACCCCAACCGGGAGAACCAGCAGCACCACCACCGGAGAUGCUCCCAGCACCACCACCGGAGAUGCUCCCACCACCACCACCGGAGAUGCUCCCACCACCACUACCGGAGAUGCUCCAACCACCUCCACCGCCAUACAACCGGCCACCGCCACCACCUGCAACGCCUAGCCCAUACGCACCAGCAAGGGCAGGCCUGGGUGAGAUCCAACAGAGCGCAUCAGCGGCUCCACAGACCAGCCCAUCCCCGACAGGCCCUGGACAGCAGCAGCCUCCUCCAGUGUGGUCACCUGUGGCUGCACACACCAGAAGCCGUAACGAGAACAACAUAGAGGGGAAUGUUCUUACAGCAGUUCAGGCUCCGAGUGGAUGUUUUCCAAUGGUGGAAGUUGCAUGACCUGAAGGCCCAUUGUUAGUCCACCGAUACUGGACUGAAAAGGAUACAAUGGAAGCUGCCUCUGGUUUAUCCGACCCUCGACAAGUAGGAGGUCGAAGGUUUGGGGAAGAAUUUGAGGACUUUGUUAUGUCUUGUCGCCCAACUGCGAAUGAGAUAAAACGCAUCUUGUUCAGGAAGCUGGGGUCCAGUUACUGCAAGAUCGACCGGAAUUGGCCAGAUGGAGACAUUCGCCUGGCGGCCCCCAGUUAUCAGCCACCAGCUGGCCAACCGGACCCCAAUGCUCCCUAUCGGAAUAUGAUAAGGGAUCUGAGAACUCGCCUAGAGGCUGCUUUCCCUCUGCAUGUGAACACGGGGAAGAUAGCUGCAUGUAAGCAGGAAGAUGGGGAGACUGUCCAAGAUUAUCUAGUCCGCUUGACAAGAGUGCACACAGAUUACAGCAGGCUGGAAGCACCUGCACAGAGAGCGAACGAUGCAGAGCACGUGGGCCCAUGGGAAGCACACUUGCGUAAUAGCUUCUUAUUGGGACUGAAGCCAGAACUGUCUAGCGCCAUAAAACAGCAUUGUGUGGGAUUUGUCAGACAGCCUCUCAGCGUCAUUGAGGAUCAUGCCAAACACCAUGAAAGCUUCCUCAACUCAGAAACAAAGAGGAGAGAGAAAAAACGAGCAGACACGAUGGACCAAGCCAUGCUGACGAUGGUACAGCAAGUUGCAGCCCUCCCCACCAGAGCUCCGCGCCAAGGAGGCCGAGGGAGAGGGAGGGGACGAGGACGAGGCAGAGGGAGAGGAUUCGCUGGCAAUGGGCCAGCCUUCCAACCAAGUGUGGAUCAGAUGGGUGAAUGGGAGAAUCGGUGCUAUAACUGCGGCCAACUUGGACAUUUCGCCAGAGACUGUCCAGGACAGCCCACUCAAGAGAAGUGACGGGCGGCGGAGAGGCAGGAUGGCGAGGCGGGAUCCACUGACACACCAAAAAGGUGAAAGCCGUACUACCUCAAGCAGCUGACCAGCCCUUCCACGACCACAAGCCGGGUGACUGGGUGCUGAUCCAGGACCUGAGGAGGCGGAGGUGGAACCAGCCCAAGUGGAGGGGACCUCACCAAGUGCUCCUGGUCACCCACACUGCAGUCAAGGUGGAAGGACGAGGAACGUGGGUACAUCACACUCACUGCAAGAGGGCUCCAACGACACCUGAGGAAACGACUUCAACAUGAUGUACAUCACACUGUUGCUUUGCCUCGUCUCCCUGGCAGGAGCUUGGGAGACCACUGAGAGACAGUGUGCAGGUAACAGAGCCUGCAUGAUGUCUGUUGUGGCAGCUAAUGCUGUGGACCCCGACAGACAUUGCUUAGUAUGCCACAAGUUUGCCGUCCCAUGGGUUCCAACACCACUAGACAAUGCUACGGCUGCUCCACUGAUCCAGAACAUGUCAGACUGUGGACUGAACACAGGGGUGGGGUUCAUGUUAAAUGUUUCCCAAGAAUAUUUACUGACUGGGCGGAUGCCUGUAUGGGCCACUAAUGGCACCCAAGCUAUCGCACAUAGACCCAAUGAUUGUGAAACGAAUGGUCCCAGAUAUUCACCUCAGUUUCAAAACAUAUCUUUUUCUGUAAUACCCACUUAUAAUGCUACCAUGUGCUUGUGUUCAGUAGGUGUCCCAGAUGGCCCCAUCUUAGGUCACACCCAGUGCCGGGUCAAUUUUACUGCCCUAAAUCUAGAAAAUACUAAUUGUUCUGUCUCUACUGGUAACAUCACCCAUUAUUUCCAGUCUACUAACUGCACCCUACUCAUGUACACCCAAACCUCGGGUCCGGUAAGCUGGGUCUGUGGUCAAUCGGCCUACACUGGGUUCCCAAUUGCAUCGCAGUAUAACUGGAGAGGGUGCUGUACUCCCGCCAUAGUAGUUCCCAAUUUAGCCGUGCUCCAUAAGCCCGUUAGGACUAGGCGAGGUGCCUCAACUUACAAUGGAUACACCCUCGCUGACCCCUGGACCUCCCCAGGGACAGCUGUGGGGUGGUCUGUGUUCUUAGGGGGAGGCACAACAGCAGCCUUGAAUAAGAUAAAUGGCCUGGCAUGGCAGAUACUAGUCUUGGCCAAUGAAACAGAAAAAGCUCUCACCUUAGUGAAUACUGAGAUGGCUGCAAUUAGGCAUGCCGUGUUGCAGAACAGAAUGGCUCUUGACCUCUUACUGGCUAAGGAAGGAGGGGUCUGUAAGGUAUUGAACACCUCAUGUUGUUUCUCACUCCCAGAUUAUUAUAGAAAUAUGUCUGAUCUCAUUGCUCACAUGCGAGCAGGCAUUCAGCCUCCGCCACUUGCAGAUGACUCCUGGUUUAGCUGGCUGACAUCUCUGAUGGGCCCAUGGGGACACUGGAUUGUUACUAUGUUAAUACCAUUUAUAUGUGUGUUACUCCUUGUGAUAUGCAUUGCUCCCUGCAUCUCUAAUUGCAUUUCUGCCAUGGUUGCCCGCUCCUUUACUGCUCAAUAUCACAUGUUACAGAUGGACUUUGUGGAUGAUGAAAAUCACCCUUCUUCUGAUUCUUUGAACUUGCGACAAUUAUUUAAUGAGGGGAAGUAGAGUUUAGAAGUUGAUUUAGAAUCAAAGGGGGGAAUUGUCGUGGAAAUGUAUUUAAUAGUGUUGAAAUAUGACUUUUGAGCUUUUAUGCUUAAGGAUGAUUCUAAAUGUCACAGUGGCCGAGAGGUAGCGGGAUUGUUUUGUGUCUCAGGAGAUAAGGGGAAGUGACCUUGCUAUGAGAACAGAAGCAGAGUGGGAAGAUAGAUGCAGCAAGGCAGUGGCGCCUAGCCACAAGGCUACGGGUCGAAACUGGAUGUUUUGCCUUGGCUGCUUGCUGUAAGCAGGUCGUAUAAGAUAAACAUGUAGGAGAAAGGUGUACGAUUGAGAACAAUGCUGACUAAUGCUUACUGCCAUAAGAGGAACGUAAGGGCGGGGGAACAACAGAAAGCUAUAAGAAGCAAGACACACAGUGAAAGAGGUUAGGUAGGGGAGAGAGAAUACAUUUUUGUUAUGAUCACUUUUAAUAAACUUGCUACUCACUCUUGA